UUCAUUUUCCAAAAUUUUCUUCGGAUUGGGUUCUGGGUCGAAAGAAAAGGUUUUACAAAUUGGAGUUUUUUUUGAAUAACCCCCGACUCAUCCCUGCUGACUGACUGAUGAGAGGGGAAGGGAUACUUUCCUGAAAUAUUUUUCAACAAUAAGAGGACGAAAAACAAAAAAGAAAGGAUAACUAAAAUUAACCGAGUCAUCAUUAUUUUUUGUUCAGAUAAAAUUUGGUCUAACCUCCUACCAACUUCAUCGUCCAAGACCUGAUGGUUUCCAAUUUGUUUGUUUGAAGGGGUCGACUGAAGCUUUGGAAAAAGCAAGUAAACAUUUGGAUUUAAUGACAGCUGAGUAUUUGAAGGAAAAUGGAGAUGGAAGUGUUGAUAGAUCGUCAAAUGGAGAAAUGAAUUGGAGCGAGGAAAGUGAAGGAUUAAAUGGAGAUGAAGAGAGCGGGAAUGAAGAAGUAAAUAUAUUUAUGAAUGGAAGUGAAGAGAAGAAUAAUUGGGAGGAGGGAGGAAGGGAUGAGGAGGAGAAGGAAAAUAAGGAGGAGGAAGAAAAUAAGAAGGAAGAUGGGAAAAAGGUGGAAGAAGAGAAGAAUGAAGAAAGGAAAGAGAAGAGGAAGAGUGGAGGGAGUGAAGAAAGUAAAGGUUGGGAGGAGGAGAAGAGCGAAGAAGAAAAUAAAAAUGAAGGAGGAGGAAGAAAAGAUGAUGAAAAAGAAAAUGAAGAUAAGGAGGAUGAUGAAUUUGAAUGGAGAAGUCUGGUCAAUAUAAAUGAAGUUAUUGAAAAAGAAGAUGAAUUAGAGGAGGAGGAGGAUGAUCAAUCAACUUUAGCGGGUGAUUUUAAUAAUGAAAGAAGAGAAUCUUUUACUUCUGAAGCAGAAGAAGCUAUUCGUAGAUUGUCAAUAAAUUCUUCUUUUGAUGAAGAUAAAAGGAGGAAAAAUAAAAAGGAUGAAGAAAAGAAAACAAAGAAGAAUAAGAAAGAAGAAAAAAUGGAAGAAAAGAAGAAUAGCUUGUUUAAAGAUGCAAAUGAAAAGAGGAAGGAUCGAUAUAUUUUAAUGAUGGAUGAUUUUCUUGAACAAAUGUCUAAACGGGAGGAAGCUAAAGACCGUGAAAAUGCUUUAUUACGUCGUCAAGUUCAACGUUUAAAAAAUAAAAUUUUUGAACUUGAAGCUGCACAGAGUGUUGCUGUUAACAAAAGGACUCAAAAAAGGGGAAGAAGAUAUAAUACUCGCAAGAAAUAA